GCUAUCUCUCAAUCACUCGCUCCCUCUCUCUGCAGAGUUUGUUGUGAAGCCUUAGCCAUCGCUGUUGUUGUUGCGCAGAGCUCCUCCCCUGCCCUCGCACUAUUCCUUGAUUUCACAGCUAGCAGCGCUGCUUGCUCGUCACCCGAUUUGAUAUCAGUCAUGGACGGAAUUCAGUUGCCACAUGAUGUGCUUGGAUCGCACGAUUCCCUGCGACACGGGUUGCCUGCGUUCAAGAGUGAUGUGUUGCCCGUCCACCCCGUGGAGGUCAUUCAGCGGAGUUCUAAAGCCAUGCAGGCACAGACGAAGCGUACCUUGCUUGAGAGGGCUUAUGGUUCAGCGUUUCCCAUGAAGAUGGAUAUUGAACGUCAAAUUCUCACACGAUUCCAACGCCCAACUGGCCUUAUUCCUUCGUCUAUGCUUGGUCUUGAGUCUUUGACUGGAGAAUUAGACGAAUUUGGAUUCGAAGACUUUUUGAAUGAUCCGAAGGAGUCGGACACAUUCGUCCCUCGAGAUAUGCAUGAAAGCAUGGAGGUUCGCCUUGGCCUUGCAAAGGGACCCGUUUCACGCAUGUUCUUCUAGUUCAUUCCAUAGCUGUCAAUGAAGGUGGUAGACAUUCGAGCAAGGCGAUACAAUUGUCGAGCAGUGUUGCAUCAUUGUUCUAUCCUUGUUUAUGAAGAGCGACUUGCAUGUUGCAGCUCUGAUUGAUCUACACGUAAUGUACAUACGAUUAAAUUAAUGUGUGGAUUUAAUUUAUUCAUUAACAACUUAAACUAAAUAA